AUGCCCCUCCUUCUACGCUCCGCCUUCCCUCAUAAGCAGCGGUUUCGCUUUCUGUCUGUCUCGAUCUCCGUUCUAUCUGUCAAGUCCAUGUCGUCUCGCCAACAGCCGCCAUGGCGGCAACCACCUUCGCACCCCGGCGCGCAGCUUCCUCCGAUAAAGGUUUGGAACUCGUUGACCAAGUCUAAGACGCCUUUUGUUCCUAUCGACCCUGCCGGAAAGAAGGUGACUUGGUAUGCGUGCGGUCCGACUGUGUACGAUGACUCACACUUGGGGCAUGCUCGGAACUAUGUGUCCACCGACAUUAUCCGGCGCAUCAUGCGCGACUAUUUCAAAUACGACGUACACUUCGUAAUGAACAUUACUGAUGUUGAUGACAAGAUCAUCCUGCGUGCCAGACAGCAACACCUCUUCAAUGAAUAUGUCGCAAUUAACCCCACUAUUACCCCCGAGGCAAUCGACACCACUCAGAAGGCCUACUCGGCUUAUGUGAAAAAGAACCUGCCCCUGCUGGCAUCGGACCUCGCCCCCGCCCAAUAUCAAGAGGAGGUGGAGAAGGUUUACGCAACCGUGCUGAAUGGCGGCACUCUGGCAGGAAACGAGAAGCCUGGAGAUGACGAGGCCAAGGUGAAGAUGCACAUCAAGACUGUGGCACCAGCUGCCAAGGUUAUUGUCCAGGCGCAGACUAGCACUCCUGCUGACCCUGCGGUCUUUGCUGAGUCAUUUUACUCGAGCGCCCAGGAUAUUCUCCUGCCUUACCUGGAUGCUUUGAAGGGGGCAUUGAUUGAUGCCGACGAUCACAGCAUCUUCUUGAAGCUGACCCGCAAAUUUGAGGAGCGGUUCUUGACGGAUAUGCGGAAUCUGAAUGUUCUUGACCCCAAUGAGAUUACCCGUGUUACAGAAUAUGGCACUGAGAUCGCCAACUUUGUUGAGCGUAUCGUGGAGAACGGAUUUGGAUAUGUUACCAAGGAUGGCUCUGUCUACUUUGACAUUGAUGCUUUUGAGGCUGGCGGUCACCAUUACGCUCGCCUCGCGCCGUGGAGCCGUUCUGAUAACAAGCUGGCUGCAGAGGGAGAGGGUUCUCUCACUAGCACAACUACUGAAAAGCGAAGUGCUUCGGACUUCGCUCUCUGGAAGUCUUCCAAGCCUGGCGAGCCUAGCUGGGAGAGCUCCUGGGGCAGAGGUCGUCCUGGUUGGCACAUCGAGUGCUCGGCCAUGGCCUCUGCCCGACUGGGGCAGCAGAUGGAUAUCCACUCUGGUGGUAUCGAUCUAGUCUUCCCUCACCACGAUAACGAAUUAGCUCAGAGUGAGGCACACUAUCACAACCACGAACAGUGGGUGAACUACUUCUUGCACAUGGGUCAUCUGUCUAUCCAAGGCUCGAAGAUGUCUAAGUCCUUGAAGAACUUUAUUUCCAUCCGGGAUUCAUUGGAGCAGAAGCACUGGACCUCUCGAAGCUUGCGUAUUGCAUUCCUUUUGGGUGGUUGGAAGGAAGGUAUCGAGGUUACUGACGAGCUUGUGGCUACCGGUAACACCUGGGAGGAGAAGGUCAACAACUUCUUCCUCAAGGUCAAGGAUCCAGCUGCUUUCCAGGGCUCUUCUACCGAUACCACCUUCGGCGCCGAUCUUGAAGCGACCAAGGCUACCGUGGACGCUUGCCUGUGCGACUCCUUCAACACUGCGGGUGUGAUGCAUGCUCUCGCAGAGCUCAUUUCUAAAUACAACAGCGCCGAUAAGGCCGCUCUGAACCCUGAGCAUGUCAAGGGUGCCGCUCAAUUUGUGACUUCGAUGGUCAACAUCUUCGGUCUUAAUGGAUCAGCUCCAGCCGAUAGCACUGAGAUCGGUUGGUCUGGUAUUGAUGUUCCUGAGGAGGCCAAGCCCUUCCUGAACCCUCUCUCCACUAUGCGUGAUACUCUCCGUCAAGCAGCCCGCUCAAAGGACGGAAUCACCGCCGAGGUCAUCGCUAAGGCGACUAAGGAAUCUGCUCCCCAGGAUGUUCCAGAGUCCGCCAAGCCCUAUGCCGAGGUUCUCUCCAACUUCCGCACCAAGGCCUCUUCUCUCCAGUCAUCCGAUUCUGCCGUUAAGGAGAUCCUCUCUCUGUGCGAUCGCGUGCGUGAUAUCGAUCUCUUCGAUUUGGGUGUUUACCUUGAGGACCGCGAUAACCUCCCUGCACUUAUCCGUCCCGUCACUCGUGAGAUGAUCCAAGCUCGUGAGGAGAAGGCUGAGAAGGCCCGCCAGAAGGUUCUUGCUCAGAAGGCUCGGGAGGAGGAAGCCCUGAAGAAGCUUGAGAAGGGCAAGCUGAGCCACUUGGAGAUGUACCGCACUGCUGAGUACAGUGCCUGGGAUGAUGAGGGUAUGCCUACCCGUGAUGCUGCCGGUGAAGAGGUCACUAAGAGUCGUGUGAAGAAGCUUCGCAAGGACUGGGAGCGACAGAAGAAGGCGCACGAGGCGUGGUUGGCUGCCCAGGCCAAAUAA